GUCUCCGCUCACAGACACAAUAAAGUUUAGAGCUGCGCGCUCGGAGGCAGUGGACGCAAACCCCGGACCGCUGUGCGUCGACGCUGCGCUGCCCCGCACGGAGUCACCAACGGGACACGACGCUACGAGGACCGCGGGAGUUUAUCCACGUGUAGUGGCUUGUUUUUAGCUCCAGCGCGCACUGUUUGAAUUGGAAUCACGCGCUUUUCAUUACGCACAGAACCUCGGAUGAUUCCCUGCGAUUUUCUGGAUGUUUUAAUCGAUUGACUGGCACAGAGGGGGACACCACCACCGGGACUCCGAGGAACGCACGGGACUCCACGCGCCCGCCAGUUUGUUUGGACUAUCAACACGCGCCGCGGCUUCCCUGGGAGUACUCACUGAACUCCCCCCGUUGGAGGAAACAUCGCACCGUGUCAACGAGCCCAGCGGGCAGCCGCUCGGCAGUGACGCGGUGACCAUGCCCGGGAUGGUGGCGUCGCUCGCCGGGGCUGCCCUCCUCCUGCUGGCCGGUGCGCUCUGCGCGGCGCAGGCGUUCGGCGAAGAGGCGGAGGAGAUGACCUGCGACCCGAUCCGCAUCAGCAUGUGCCAGGGCCUCGGCUACAACGUCACCAAGAUGCCCAACUUGGUCGGCAACGUGCUGCAGUCGGACGCCGAGCUGCAGCUGACCACGUUCACGCCGCUCAUACAGUACGGCUGCUCCAGCCAGCUCAAGUUCUUCCUUUGCUCAGUUUAUGUGCCAAUGUGCACAGACAAGGUGCCCAUCCCCAUUGGUCCAUGCGGUAGCAUGUGUCUGUCUGUCAAGAGAAAAUGCCUCCCAGUGCUCCACGAGUUUGGCUUCAUAUGGCCUGAGGUGCUCAACUGCAGCCUGUUCCCACCUCAAAACGACCACAACCACAUGUGCAUGGAGGGCCCAGGAGACGAGGACUCCCCUUACCCGCCGGUCCGCCACCCCCCCCACCAGGAGGAGUGUCAGGCCCUGGGAUCUGCCCCCGACCAGUAUACCUGGCUGAAACAGACGGAGAGCUGUACCCUCCAGUGCGGCUACGACAGCGGGCUCUACCGACGGGGGGCCAAAGUCUUCACAGAUGCGUGGAUGGCGGUGUGGGCCGUGCUAUGCUUCCUGUCGACCACGCUGACGGUCUUGACCUUUCUGUUGGAUUCGCAGCGCUUCUCCUACCCCGAGCGGCCCAUCAUCUUCCUGUCCAUGUGCUGUAAUCUGUACAGUGUUGCAUACCUGGUACGGCUGACUCUGGGGAGGGAACGCGUUUCCUGUGACCUGGAUGCCACAGGGGUUCCAAUUCUAGUACAGGAAGGGUUGAAGAGCACCGGAUGUGCCAUCGUCUUCCUCCUCCUCUAUUUCUUUGGCAUGGCCUCCUCACUCUGGUGGGUGAUCCUGACACUCACCUGGUUCUUGGCUGCUGGACUGAAGUGGGGCCAUGAGGCUAUCGAGAUGCACAGCUCCUACUUCCACAUAGCGGCCUGGGCCAUCCCAGCGGUUAAAACCAUCGUCAUCCUCAUAAUGCGACUCGUGGACGCAGAUGACCUGACGGGACUCUGCUAUGUUGGCAACCAGCAGCAGGAGGCUCUCACGGGCUUUGUGGUGGCUCCACUGGCUUCGUACCUUCUCAUAGGUACCUUGUUUAUCUGCGCCGGCCUGGUCGCUCUAUUCAAGAUCCGUUCCAAUCUGCAGAAGGACGGCGCCAAAACUGACAAGCUGGAGCGUUUGAUGGUGAAGAUCGGAGUGUUUUCUGUUCUCUACACCGUCCCAGCGUCCACCGUCAUUGGCUGUUACCUCUACCAGCUGUCUCACUGGGGAGAUUUUCGGGCCAACACAAGGGAUUCAUACGUGGCAUCAGAGAUGCUUCGAAUCUUCAUGUCACUGCUUGUAGGAAUCACGUCGGGCAUGUGGAUCUGGUCGGCAAAGACCCUGCACACCUGGCAACGCUGCACGGCCCGCCUGCUGAGGGAUAGCAGGGCGAGUCGAGCGGGCAAGAGGGCACCAGGGGAGGGCUGGAUCAAACCAGGGAAAGGGAAUGAGACCGUGGUGUGAGGGGAAAGAAAGAGAGGAUGUACAGGAACAGACUUUUGCCUGCUUCUCUCUCACCUACAGAAACGUUCUCCGCCUGGCGAAGGGCGGAGACGUCAGAGACGAGAGGGAGAUUCAUAAUGUGACGCGGGAGCGUGGCAGGAGAUUCCUCAAGAAAGCCACUGGAUGUGAUGGCAUCAGAAAAAAGAUUGCUGAGUCCUCGCCCUCUCGAUCUGACUCUGUGCCUCCAAUAAAUAGGAGCUAAGGAGAAAAGAGGAGGACUCAGUCGUACUUAAGUAGCAACAGUAGCCUCUCUACCUCUGUUUGACUUCCAUUGCCCAGAGAGAUAAGAGAAAACAAACAAAAAGUGAAGGAGAAAGAGAGACGGAAAAGGCAGAACAGAAGCAUCAAUACGCAUAUUCAUCAAUAAGCUGUGUAGCACCACGUCUACCUCCUGCCUCUCUUUUCUCCAAAGCCCUCAGCAGAAGAGACUGAACCUGCUGGAUACUGUAAACCCUUAUGCCAUUGUGUGUUUUUAGGGUCUUUUGAAAUGUUACAUUUUACACUGGAGGGUUGUAGUGCAGAUAUUUUACAGAUGUAUGGCUGAAGUUUCCCACAGGUAUCCUUGAGAGCCCCUUCCACAUGCGAAAAAAUUAAAUGACAACUAAAUUUCAACAAAAGUAAGGAUCUGAAAUAUACUUAUGUCUGCAGCGACUUUUCCUUUGGAACAAUAUUCAACAUUUUUGUAAAUUAUACCUUUUUGUACAAGGUAUUAUUGUAUAGAAAUUUUGAGGGGAAACCAGCUCUAAGCUUUAAUAAUGCACUAUAAUUAUUUACAAUAUGUGAAGUGUCUGUACUUGUUUCAAUUACGUUACCUAGGACGUUAGUGGUGGGACAAAUAACCAAAUCACUUUUAAAGUAUAUCAAAAUACACAGGGAGAAUUUGGUCAGUUUUUAUUAUGAACUACACAAAAAAAUAACUUAAAACAAUACAAAUUUGUAAAAAAUAAUUCACAAAUCGCAUUUCUUACAAAUAUUUUGAAGGCAAGGGCAGAUUGAGAAACAUAAUCUGUUUCUUUUUGGUCUGUCUAGUACAUUUAGGAUAAAGUCUUUGGUAGAUAUGAAAUUAUACCGCAAUGAAUCCUGGGGGUACCCCCAGCUGUGCCUUUUCUUAACCCAUAAAUGUGGAAGCGGAGAGGCAUCUGGGAAAUGUAGGCCUGUGUGACCUCAGCAAUCUGUGAGGAGAAGCUCAGCUAACGUCAGCUCUUCCUGGAAACACUGCACUCUAUAUGCCCUUGAAUUACCAUGAAAUCCAGGAAAUUGAUUUAUUCUUUCUGCCCUCAUUUCGUAAAAUCGGACUCAAGGCAGGUUAGGGAAUUAGAGGUUAUCAGACAAUCACUGGCCAAAACACAAACUAUGCAGUAACAAAGAACUGCCACACAGACACGUGCAGGUACACACACAAGAAUAAUGUUCCCACGAAUCUCGUCCACCGGCUCAUUGAAGACCCAGUUCUGAUCACUAUCCGAGGGAAUAGAAGCACACAUGGCAAGAGUGUCCAUGUCUGUGUCCAUGCAUAUAUCUAUCAAUCACUUCAGUUCUAUAAUGCCAAGUUCUAUAAUGCCAAAUUCGCACUAUUAAUAGGCAAGUCUGUUCUUAUAGCUCAUCUGUAUGUCUGUCUGGCUGAUUCUCUUUAACCUCACCUAUGACACCGUGGCUCAUUUCCCAGACAAUCAAGUCAUCCCUGUAAAAAGUCAUUGUUCAUUAUAUUUUAAAUUUCAUGGACGAUAAGAGAUUAGAUUCCAGUUCACUGUACGCUUUAGUUAUAUAAGUGAAAGUCCUCGGGUCUUACUGCUACAUUCAACAAAAUCUGCAACUGUGCCGUAUAUUUGCCUGACAAUCUUUAAAGCAAAGUUCUUGUAUUUCAGUGAGGCUUUGAAUGUAUACUUCGUAGGGUGUGUCACAUUACACCUUGUGUAUCUUGAGUUUUAAAAAAAUGGUUCUGGGCAAUUUUUAUGUAUAAAUGCCCCUGAAUAAUUUGGAGCUUUUACCGUCUUGUGUCUCAUCUGAAACCACUUAGUGCCUCUCACAGCCUGUCAUAGGUAUUUAUUUAGCAAAAACAUAUAGAAUGACACAGAAAAUUAUUUUUCCCAAAAUACAUUAGAGGUAACCUCGCCCUUAUUGCACUCAAAGAUAGUUUUGAGUGGUUCUGGUGAAACCAAGAACCUCAAAAAAAGCGUACCUUGGCGCACGUAUUAAAAUUCCACAGCCAAACAAACACGACACAGAGUUAAAGUGAAUUAAAUUAACCUCUGACGACCUCCCCUCUGAGCUAAUGCCGUUUCCCUCUUUAACUGUCUUAAUGUUUUGGCAGUCUCCUCUCGUGUGAUCACACCGAGCUUCAGGUCACAUUUCCAACAAUCACCGUUCAGUUGUGCCUUGAAAUGCGGCGAGUUGUGCGCCACAGCCUAAUGAAGAUGGAGAACCGCUGGUUAUACAGCUUUUGUAAAUGCUUUUAAGAAGCCCACGUGUGAGUCAAUGUCGGGGUCACUUCGCCAACACCGAUCGAAGCCUUUAAGGUCCAGCCUGUUGGUUUGUGUAGAAAACUCAAUGUCUUGAUGAAGUCAUAAUGUGUUAUAAAGAAAUUGUUAAUUUAUCCUUGUAAAAAAUAUGACAAAACGUUUUAAAACUUGUUUGUUAUUUAAAAAACAACACUUUUGUAUCAGAAGAAGAUGAAUAAAAAGCUUUUGGAUUCCAAUCUAUA